AGUUCUCGUUCAUUUUUUUACAAUACAAUUUUUCCGCGGAUUUUGAAGCCGUUGAUGCGGAAUCCUUCGCCUACGGGAACAACAUUUUGCCGUUUUCAUUCGUGUUGAAAAAAAAUUAAGGUUUUAAUAGAGGAAGAUGAGCUUGAAGGAAUUUGUGCUUCCUCUUCAUUUGAAGGACCUUCAGCAUGGCACGGGGAUUAACCAGUACAUUGUGGAAGAGGUGUAUCCCCUUAGACAGAUUGCAGAUAAGAUUGUGGGUUGUAAAUCAUCCCUUCAUCACGAUGGAUCGUUCAUGAUUCUGGAUCACUUUGAUAGCUUCUACAGUCUUCUCAGACAAUUCUCAAGUGUGGAUCAAGAUGCCAAGGAGGAAGCAUGGGAAAUCAUCCUGACAGCAUGUUCGAGGAACGUGGAUGCCCUUACCAAGUUCAUUGACAGUCCGAGCAGUGAUCCUAAGUUCAGACAUCUCCUUCUCAAUGCAACCAAGAUGACUUCAUUCAUCCUAUGCCAGCUGACCGAAGCCUUUGAGACGGAAGCGUGUAAACCCUCGACAGACACCGCUACCAUGAAGGGAAAGGGACGUAAGAAGACGGUGAAAGCGGGUGCGUGGGACUGGGAUAGUGAAAAGGAGAAAUCUCUUCAAUGCAUCAUACAGACUCUCCAACUUGAUAUAUGUAGACUGUGGGAUCCUCCAGUUGUAGAAGGAGAAUUUGUCAAUCUGGUUAGUGGUACUUGCUACAAGCUGUUAGAAAACCCAUUGAUCACAAGGAAUCUUAGCACCAGAGAUGUCAUCACACAGAUUUUGGGUCUUCUCUUCAAAAGAUACAACCAUGUACUAGGUGGGACCUUGAAGAUCUUACAACUGGUGCAGCACUUUGAGCACCUUCCUGGACCUCUAGCUCAAUCAGUACAGACCAUUGCUACUCAGUAUGGCGUUAAGAGUGUUGUCAGCGAGAUCAUGAGGGAGAUUGGAAGCUUAGACUCACAGGACCUGACAAGGGAUAACAGCGGUACCCGUUCUUACGCUAGCUUCCUGGUUGAGAUGGCUGAAAGGGUUCCCGAUGCUAUGCUGCCUUGUAUCAGUCUCAUUCUAUCUCAUCUAGAUGGAGAGUCCUAUACCAUGCGUAAUGGAGUGUUGGGAGUGAUAGGAGAGAUCGUCAUCAAGGUAUUGAGCAAAGAACAGCUUGACAGUAAGGCCAAGACGGCAAGGGAUCAACUACUUGACAAACUUGAGGACCACAUUCAUGAUGUGAAUGCAUUCAGCCGCAGUCGAGCCCUGCAGGUCUGGCUUCAUCUGUGCCGUGAACGUGCUAUCCCUCUAUCUCGCCAGCACACAGUCAUGGAGCUGACAGUAGGUCGUCUCAGAGACAAGUCUAGUAUCGUCCGUAAGGGAGCCGUCCAGCUGGUGUCUGCAUUCCUCACCAGCAAUCCAUUCGCAGCAAAGCUUUCUGCAGAAGAGUUACAGGCCAACCUGGAGAAAGAAGAAGAGAAGCUGAAAUCAAUGAUGCCUGAUGAACCACAAGCAGUCACCAAUGAUGUGAGUCACGAUCCUGUUAAGAAUUGGACAGCAAUGGAGCCUGAGAUCAAGACUACCAUCGCCAAGAUCUUGUCAUCUGAGGACGAGGAGAGUUUACUACAGAUACCAGAUAACGCAUCUCCAAUGGAUACUAUUGAUGAGAUCAUUGAACUCCUCGACAAGUCCCAGCACACCAGGGCCAUCAGACUCCUGCAGUCUGCCCAGAGCGUCUGGCCGGAUCAACAAGCUUUCAUCCCUCUACAGGAUACUGGUUCUGAUGAUGAGGAUGAAGAGCUUUCUUCUGAUGGCAAAGAUCUCCUUCAGAUGCUCAAAUCUAUCUACCUGGGGUCAACACCAGCUAGUCCUGUUCCCGACGGAUAUGACCCUGCCGACCUGGUCAAGGUGGGCGAGGAUGGAGAACCAGAGGUCAAGAUGACCACUGUCCAGGAUGAUGACCCAGUGGUCAAUGAACUCAGCAAGCAACAGAUCCUUGUCCAAUAUUUAUCUGAUUGCGUCAAGUUCGCCGGCAUGGUGAAGAUGUGCGUCCCGACUGUCUGCGAACUCUUAUCGUCCAAGCAGACCACAGAUAUCCUUGAAGCAGUGACCUUCUUUGUGACCGCCCAUGAGUUUGGGGUGUCCAAUGCCGCCGAUGGUGUGCGUCGUAUGAUGGGACUCAUCUGGUCCAAGGAACAGUCGGUCAAAGAUGCCGUAGUGACGGCCUACAAGAGGCUCUACCUUAGCCCAAGUGGAAAGACAGUCAGAGCAAGGAGUCUAGCGGUCGUCCGGAACCUGCUCCAGCUGACAUGUGGGGCAAGCCUCGGCGAGCUGACCUCGUUGGAGGAGAUGGUAUCAGAGUUUACCAAGAAUGGGGAAUUCCCCUCCCAGACUACACAGAUCCUAUGGGAGUUCUUUACCAUGAAGCAUCCAGAGACCACGCCCACUGAGAGCAGGGCGGCACUCCAGUUGCUGGGAAUGGCAGCAUGUGCUGAUCCUGGUAUCAUCCAUAGCAACGUUGAGGUGCUGGUGUCCGAGGGCUUGGGAGAACGAGGAAUGAAAGACUUCAUGCUCGCCAAAGACACCUGUAUUGCUCUGCUCAAACUGGUCGGUAGUGAAAAGCCCAAAGUUUUGAGCGGUAAAGAACAGUUCAGGUUCGAUAGCACGCAUGAGAUUUUCAGCAAACUGGGUGAUAUCCUUGUACAGGGUAUGACUGAGCAAGAGAACAAGUACUGGGUGCCGCUAGCAGAGACGGCCGUCAAGACCAUCUACCGCCUGGCUGAACACCCUGAUAUCCUGGCUGGUGAGAUCCUCAAACGCCUGGCUGCUGUGUUACUCGCUAGCAGAGAACAGUCUCAAGAAACAGCCUCCGAGGAGACGACAGAGGAAGAAAUAAAGGUCCCAACAUCAGGUUGCCCAGCUAGUUUAUUAUCUCGUCUGAUGGCAGUCUCUGGUCAGAUCGCCCUUCAGCAUUUGAUCCACCUGGAUGUGAUGGUGCAAUGUGAGCUCAAGCGAAGGCACAAUGUUCAAGAGAAGAAGAAGGAAGAUAAGGAAAAGAAAGCAAAGAGUGAAGGUGAUAACGCGAAUAUUGAAGAUGAGAUGGGUUUGGCUGGAGCAACAGCUGAAGAUGCUGAAGGAGAGUUUAUCAAAAGGAUCUGUGAUUCUAAUAUUGUGACAGGGCCCAAUCUUCUUGGAGCUAUUAAGCCCCUGGUUGUCCUGAUCUGUAGCAACCCUGUCAAGUAUUCCAGCCCAGAGCUCAGGGCGACCGCGAGCCUGGCCCUGGCUAAGUUCAUGCUGGUCAGUGCAGAGUUCUGCGAGGCACAGCUCCAGCUGCUCUUCACUGUCCUAGAAAAGGCGCCAGAAGCUAUCAUCCGAGCUAAUAUUAUCAUCGCCAUCGGGGAUCUUACAUUCCGUUUCCCCAAUCUCAUUGAGCCGUGGACAGCCCACAUGUAUGCUAGGCUUCGUGACCCCUCUGCCCACGUCCGUAAGAACACCCUCAUGGUACUGACCCAUCUGAUUCUCAACGACAUGGUCAAGGUCAAAGGUCAAAUCAGCGAGAUGGCAUCAUGCAUCAUCGAUUGCGAGGAUCGCAUUGCUAGUCUGGCCAAACUCUUCUUCUUUGAGCUGUCGAAAAAGGGUAAUGCUGUGUAUAACAUCCUUCCCGACGUGAUCAGUAGACUGUCUGAUCCAGAUCUAGCUUUACCGGAAGAAGACUUCAAGACCAUUCUCAGGUACCUCCUGUCCUUCAUUCAGAAAGACAAACAAGCGGAAUCCUUGGUUGAGAAACUCUGUCAUCGUUUUAGAGCCACCAGAUCCGAGGCACAAGUACGUGAGCUAGCUUUCUGCCUAUCCCUACUGAACUUCAACGAGAAGGGAUUCCGCAAGCUGCAGGAGAACGUUGCUUGCUAUGCUGAUAAACUCGCUGAUGCCGAGGUCUAUGGUUACUUCACCAACAUCAUUUCAAAAGCCAAGAAGGCUGUCAAACAAGAAACAAAGGUCCAGGUUGAUGAUUAUGAACAGAAGAUAAACGAGUUCCAUCUGAAGGGAGCCGAUGAGAAUGCUACAGCCGAGAAAGCAUCCAAGGCAUCAUCGGCUGCUGCAGCACUCAACAAAAAGAAUACCAAAACACCAGGCAAGAGAAGAGGCAAGAAGGGACAGACCCCUGCCCGGACCCUGAAGGAGAAAGAUCUGAACCGCGAUAGCAACGAGGAAGACGAUGACGACAUCGAAGACGAUGUCCGUACCAGGCGCAAGCCGGAUCCUCUCAAUACCUCGCUCCCUGAUCCCGGUUCUGCCCCGAGGGUGAGCAGGAAGGGGCGUAGGAAAGUACCCCCUCCUAUACCCUUCUCAAGCGAUGAGGACAGUGAUGAUGUCUUUGCUCCUCCUCCAAAACCCAAGAUAAAUCUUGAUAGCGAGGAUGGGGAUGAGGAGAAUAUCAAACCAUCCAGAUCAAGAUCGGUCAAGAAAUCCACCAAGCCUAAGGGUAAGACACCUGCCAGAUCUCGCAGACAACGAACCUCUCAACAAGUGGAAACCUAGAAGAAAGACGUGUAUAUUUACCAGACUAUUAUCCUCAUUUUCCAUGUGUAUAUUAUUGAGCCAUUGAACUGCUACCAAUCCCCUUAGUUUUAGAUACAAAUGCCAACAAUCUCUUUAUUUGUAAAAAAUUUAGUGACUUUUUUCCGAUAUCAUGAUUUUAUUAUUUUAUUUUGCAUUUUAAAAAACAUAGAGACUACAAACAAUCAGAGACAAGAUCAAUCAAAAUUUUACAUGAUAGAGAAAACAAGACCUGGGUGAGAGUUGGAGAGGCUGUCUGGGUACGGAAAAGGCUAACUUAAUAGCCAUAACCCACAGGUCUUCCUCCCCAACUCCAUCCAGGUCAAAAAAUUAAUGGUAAAAAUAAAAUGAAGAUAUAUAGAAUCGGCAAAAUACAAUGGUCAUACAUGAGACUUGGUCACCACUAGAAUCUAGUGGUGACCCGGACCAAAUGCAGAUUUUUUUUUAUUGAAUUCAAUGGAAUUUAUUUCCACAUCUUCAAUAAACAACACAUUUAAAGCAUGAAAAAUAACAUGUCAAGAUAGAGUAUUCAAAGAAAUGUAUAAAACAGAUUAUAGUGGCAAUUUGCUGGGGAUCAUAGGAAAGUUUUUAAAAAGUUUUGAUAAAAGAAAUUUCAAGGAUAUUAAUUAUUAUAAUUGUAAUGGGUAUUUGGUGCAUUUUUAUAUAAAAAAAUCUAAGUAAAUUAAUGUCAUGGUCAUGGAUCUAGAAUUCGCCCUCUUCUGAAAUGUACAUUUAUCUACUUUUUAAGAUUAAAAUCUGCAUCAAACAAUUUUUUUCAGAUUCUUAAAAAAACACCUGUAAAUACUUGCAUUGUCAGAUUGGUAAAUGAAAUUCAUGUAAAUUUAUUAGAAUUGUUUUAAUAUACUUUUAGACUUUGAUGUACUGUUUACAUAUCAUGUUUUUACAAUUGUCAAUUAGUCUGUGCUUGUAUAAUAAAUGUUUGAAAUCACUUUCGAGGGACCAUGGACCAGAAUGGGGCCUAAGUUUACACCCUUUUUUCUUCUGAUAAUGGUUCUUAUCAUGCUUCAAACUUUCGCUUACUAAGGCUAUUACUGCAAGAAUCGUUGAUUUCCAUUAAGGUGGGGUUUUGGAGGGCCCUAUUUAUGAAUCCCUGCCCCUAAAAAAAAAAAAAAAAAAAAACAGUUCCCCCAUAUCAAAUUUGCAUACUAAAUAAUAAUUUAGCUCAUCACCCUUGAGACAAAACAUUCACAGAUUUAAUAAUCAUAUUGAAUAUAAUUAUAGGCAUAGUUCCUUUUAUAUACUAGUAGAUAUAACCUAUUCUGAGGUGCACUAUCUUCAUCAGCCUGGCUGUAGCUCAUGCUACCACGUCCAAUGUCAUUGCAUUUAAAUAUUUUAUCAUGCAGGGUACAUAUUCAACUUACAGUACAACAAUAUGGGUAAAUUAUGAUAUGAAGUCAUAUUUCCCUUUAUUAGUUUAUAAGUACCAAGUAACUUUCAAAUAUAACCUGAAGUGCUUUUAAAAUGUGAAUAAAAUUUGUUCUAAUGUCAUUAUUCCCCAAUAUCCAUAAGACUAAUGUGGUUCAUAUGUAAAUCCGCCCUGUAUGUAUUCUACAUGUGGCAGUAGAGUGAGAUUUUUUAAAGUUAGUUUUUAACUGUGAAACGUGUCUGAUAUUUAACAAGCUUGUAAUGAAUUUUUAUGAUUUAAUAUUUUAAUAUUUUGAGAAGACAUUUUAUUACCCAACGAAGCUGCAGAACAUAUCAUGAUUCUCAGUUUUCUGUAAUGAUUACCUGACAAUGCAGUGUCCUUUUAUUAUGGAUUUAAUAUUAAAUUAAUUUUAAAGAUAAUAAAUAUGUAAAUCUGACAUGCAA